UGAAGGACAAAUAAAAAAUGCUUUCUGCUACUAAGAUCAGUGAAAUGUUGGCUGAACUGACAACGGAGUGCAAAGCAGAAAUCUCAACUAGCAAGCAAGUCGCAGCAAUGAAGAAUUGAGUGUGAGCGCGUUCACGCAKAGGGAGAGAUUUUCUGCACAAUACCUGUUACUUGCAAAGAGAGAGGGUGGAGCUCUUCGUUCCGCUUCUGAUCCUUAUUCUAUCUGUUCGCUUAACAGGUAUGGACCCAGAAUUUAAUCGAGCGUCUGACCAAUUACGCUAGACUUUAGUUCUGGGUUAACCGAUAUUACUCUUAAUAGGAUAACUGGAGGAUAUGUUUCAAAUGGCGCAAAUAGAAAAACGGAUGCACCUGCAGUGCUUUAAAAGUAUAAAUGCACAUAGGCCUAACGCAUGGCUGGGCACAUUCUGCAGCUCAGUUUAGCUCUAUUCAGAUCGGAUGUGGGUAAGGAGAUAUUUCUCUCCAAUGCGCGACGCCCUCACCCGCUCUCUGAUCCUGAGUGCAAUUUACACACUGAGKGCAUAUAGUAGGAGGAUUUCGCUCCUGGCAGUCGCAGUUUCCACAACAGCGGAGUAGGCGCACGCAACUCGCCUGGGAUGAGUUGGCAGGAAGAGCGGUUUGAUUUUACACUAUUUGAAUUUGACUUCUCGUAACCUUCGCGAGCACCGUAACUGCUGGAAGAAGUGCAUGUGACUACCCUGCUGCGUUUAUAACCUCCGUGGACGGGGAAGGUGACAGAAGCAUGGUGGCAAAGGAUUAUCCCUAUUACCUCGUCGUGAAGAGGAUGAACUGCGCACUGGAGGUGCAGACAGUCAGCAGAAACAUCCACCCGGCUAAAGAAGUGGAGGAGCCCUGUAACAAGCGGGUGAAGCCUCUUUCUCGGGUUACAUCGCUGGCCAACCUCAUACCUCCAGUCAAGGCUGCACCUCUGAAGCGGAUCGGACAAACACUGCAGCGUUCCAUCAGCUUCCGCAGUGAGAGUCGGACGGAGUCGGUCAUGCCUCCCAGACCAUGGACGCGGCCGGCCCCGCCUGCCAACACCAAGCGGCGUGACAGCAAGCUGUGGAGCGAGACCUUUGACGUGCGGCUUGGACACCAGAUGCUGUCGUCCAAGGAGAUCAAUCGCCAAGAGGCGAUCUUUGAGCUUUCUCGAGGGGAGAAGGAUCUCGUUGAGGAUCUGAAGCUGGCCAAGAAGGCGUACCAUGACCCAAUGCUGAAACUGUCCAUCAUGACAGAACAUGAGCUCAACCAGAUCUUCGGAACCCUGGAAUCUCUCAUUCCGCUGCAUGAAGAGGUUGAGACCGCUCCUUCUACUCACUAUUCAGAUCUGCUGAGUCGACUGCGAGAGGCCAGGAAACCAGACGGCUCCACAGAACAUGUGGGACACAUCCUAGUGGACUGGCUUCCCUGUCUAGACUCCUACAACUCAUACUGCAGUAAUCAGGUGGCAGCCAAGGCUCUGCUGGACCAUAAGAAGCAGGACCACCGGGUGCACGACUUCCUGCAGCGCUGCCUGGAGUCGCCCUUCAGCAGGAAGCUGGACCUGUGGAACUUCCUGGAUAUACCCAGGAGCCGGCUGGUCAAAUACCCCCUGCUGCUCAGGGAGAUCCUCAAACACACGCCUAACGACCAUCCGGACCGACAGUACCUGGAUGAGGCAAUCAACAUGAUCCAGAGCAUCGUGGCAGAGAUCAACACUCAGACGGGCGAGUCAGAGUGUCGUUUCUACAAGGAGCGUCUCCUCUACCUAGAGGGCAGCCAGAGAGACCUGCUCAUUGACAGCUCCCGCAUCCUCAGCUGUCACGGGGAACUGAAGAACAACAGGGGUGCUAAGCUGCAUGUGUUCCUGUUCCAGGACGUGCUGGUCAUCACUAGAGCCAUCACCCACAAUGAGCAGCUGUACUACCAGCUGUACCGCCAGCCCAUCCCCGUCAGAGAGCUGCAGUGGGAGGACCUGCAGGACGGGGUGAUACGCCUGGGAGGCUCCAUCAGAGGAGCCUUCAGCAACAACGAGAGGACCAAGAACUUCUUCAGAGUGUCGUUUCAUAGCAGUAGCCAACUCCACUCCCACUCCUUCCAAGCCAGCGAUGCCUUCAACAAACAGCAGUGGCUCAACUGCAUUCGACAGGCCAAAGGAGCUGCUGAGUCGGCCGUGGGGGUGGGGAUUCCUGUCGGGGUGGAAACCAGUAGCAGUGACCCAGAGCCCCCUCCAAGCCUACUCAGCCCCCACGGUCCUCUAAGCCCUACAACACCUCCCCUCUCAGGACCACUGGCCCCCCAGCCAAAAAGCAUGGACCAUUGUGACAGUGACUCGUCUGUAGACUCUCCAGGCUGUAGCAUGGACAUGGACACAAGCGAGGCUUUGGUCUCCCCCACAGGCUGCCCUGAUGGACCAAACAGACUCUAGUAGUAGCGGGCCAUCAGAAGUGUGACCUUUGGGGUGUCAUGGCCUCUCUGGGUUAGAGAGGCUAGAGGCUAAACCUUGGCAGUAUUGGUAGCAACAUGGCAAUGCUCCCUAUAUACGGGAGGGAAGAAAAACACUGUGGACAUUGGAGCACUUUUUUAUUCUACCCACUUUUUCAUUUGUUUUCUUUGUUGCUGAACUUGGAAAAAAACUCCUCUCUCUUGAGCAUCUUUCUAUGAGACUGUGGUGUAGUCUGUAGCAGUGACAACCAUGUAUCUUAGCUGUGACUGUCAGGUCUACUAUGGAUGUCUACCUGGAGAGGAGGGAAGGCAGACAUGACUGGGACCUCAGGACUGUAUUGCUGUUGUUUCUCCUGGUCUGACUCUGGGCCUCUAGAGACACUGCCAUCACACCUUAUCCCACUGCAGUACUACUGUGGCCUCCCAGAGCUAAGAGAAUACACUGAUGAUAUUCUCUUUGUGUUGAACUAAAAUAUAAACACAACAUUUAAUGUUCCAGACGCACAAAAAGUUUAUUUCUCUCAAAUUUUGUGUAGA